AUAUAUAUAUUUUAAAUUGCGUGCAGGGUUUGUUAUAAAAAAAUAUCGUGCAACAUAAAUUCCUGCAAUCCCUCCUCAAUCAACUAAUCCACCAUCCCUUAAAGCCCCGGUUAAAGCGUACAUUAAUCUGAUAAUGAUGGCAAAAAGCCCUCUAGACGAUCACUUUUGAUCCAUCCUGCGCGACAUAUCCUCUACAUGGUUAACAAAAACAGCUUCUGAUACAUACAGUCAUUCACAACCCUCUAGCUGAAUACAAAUUUUAUCUAAAAUAAAAAAUACCUUUCAAUAUUCUUAAAUUAAUUUUGCUAUGAAAUAUAAGAACAAGAGACAAUGCUACCACAAAAGACCGGAAGUUAAUAGACAUCUUAUGAUGUGACGUCAUGUAAACCAACUUCCGGUCAUGAAAAGUAAUUCAUUGAUCAGGCACGAAGUUGCCACCUUUUCGUCGGUCUGAGUUUAGUUAAACAGCUAGAAUUCUUCAUAUUCUUAUAUUUCUUUACUGGAGUGAAGUACACUGUAUAUUAGCUGGACGCUUCAAGUACCACACUUGAUUGUCAUGCUGAUGAGAUUCAUGAAUUGAAUGAGCUCAUCGACUCAGUAGUAAGUCACUAGAUAAUUUGAAUGGCCAGUACGAAUACAAUUGCUCACCAUGUUGCUGUGAAAUUGGCCAUCAUUUUUACCUUUUUGGCUUGACAAUUUGAGACAACCCCUUUGAAGAUUGAAAGCAGCUACGUCCUUGGUGUAGUAAGCAAUCAAUACGGUGAAAAUGGAAGACAUCGAAGAUAUCUUUGAGGGCUGGCUUGAAAAACCAACAGAGGAUAAUGAUCAAAAGGGAUGGUUAAAGAAAUCUUUUUCAAAAAAAUGGAAAAAGGGUUUUUAUAUAUUGAGGAAAUACUGCUCAAGUGAUCAAGCAUUCAUUCAGUGGUUUGAUAAAGAAGAAAACUGGAGGAGACAAAUAGCAAGAGGGACACUUGAACUUUUCCCUCAAUAUAGAGUCCUAAAACGGGGUGAAAUGAAGGGAAAACAGUUUGUAUUUGAAAUCAAUAAUGAUGCCGACACAUAUAUACUGGCAGCCGAGUCUGAAACUGUCAUGGAUCUUUGGGUUAUACAGCUACAGAUGCAAACUAGACUGAAUCCUAGGGUUGCUGGAAAAACCUUCAGAAUCCAGUGCUGUGGUAACAAAGCAAUGCAAAGAAUUGGUGCAAAAGACCAGAAAUGUUUGCUUCACAUUUCAAAAUGGGGGAUUACUCUUGCUCUUGAACGAACCAGGGCAGUUCUUGCUCAAUGGCCUCUCACAACUAUACGUAACUAUGAGUGCAUGGAUCGCUGUGAAUUCAGCUUUGAGGCAGGGAGAAGAUCUCCGAUGGGAACAGGGAAAUAUACCUUUUAUACCCAACCAGGAGAAGAUAACAGAAUCUUCGAUACCAUUGAUAAAUUUGCUACUGAGCGGCUGCAGGCACAGUCAGGAGGUGGGGCUGGAGUGGUUGCUAAUAGUGAGGAAGAUAUGUCAAGAGCCUAUGAUCAACUGCGCUUUAGUGUUCUCAAUAUUCCUUCAGGGAAUCCAGACGAGGACUAUGACAUGGCUGGGAGUGCACCAAGGUCCAUACAAGGAGUGGAUAUGAUGGGCAGUUACUCUCACCUGGAUAGAUCAGACAGCAUCAGCAGUGGUCCUAGUAUUGGCAGCUAUAAUACAUCACUAGACCCAAGUUACAAUAGUGUUUAUCGUCAUUCAAGUUUUGGGUCAACGAGUGAAGCACCUCAAGGAGCGUCAAAUUAUGAUUUCCUUGAUCAUGCUAGGUCACAGAUAAGCUUGAGUGUUAAAGAGGGACAUAGAGGAUUUAGUCGGUCACCCAGUGGAUAUAACCAUAUUUCUUCAUCGAGUUUUCGUGGAACUCCAGAGUUUUUUAGCAAGGAUAUGUGUCCACUUGAGCUGUCACCAGAAAACGAGCCAAGCCCUUCAGAUAACCUGUCAUCUCCUGUCUCGCCAUCAAGUAUGGUACCAUCAGAGAGCAACGACGACCAGUUUUCAAUGAGUGGCGAAUUCAACAGCCCAGAGAGUUUACAGGCUGAAGCAACAAGCUCUUCAACACUGACCGAGGAAGACGAACCUCCUCCCUUACCUGAUCGAGCAAGUAGGGUACCUCUGCAAGACAGAAAUGUACCCCCUGUACUCCACGGCAAUACAAAGCCUCUGCGCGAUCGCCCUUUGCCACCUCCUCCUCCUGAUGAAUCGCCUUCGCCGCAUGGUGGCAAUCCUGGGCUGCCUGAUCGAGGGAAAACACUGCCAGCAUUCGGAAGCAAGAGGUACGGACAAAACGAAUCAAGUAAAGGGGGUGAAGAAAAUACCGGAUUUCCACAAACAAGUGAUCAAAGUAAUUUUUCAAGGACAAGCGCUUCUCCAAAUUUCGUGUAUUUGAAUUCAGCUUAUUCAAAGAGUGUCGAAGUUUUGCCCCAGUUGUAUGCAACUGUUGACAAGACGAAGAAGAAGAAGUACCGAGAAAUGGCCGAAAGGAGGAGAUUGGAGUAUGAAGCUGCAAAGCUUGCUAGAACGAGAAAAAAGAGUCGGAGCCACGAGAGUUUAUCAGGUUCUCCCAGACUGAACUCUUUCUCAUUCACUCCUUUUAGCUUCAAGGGUUUAGCUGCGAUGGACUCGAGCUCAGAAGAGGAUUUCAGCAAAGAUGAAGAUUUCGACAUUCCUAAAUCUCUCAUUUCCCAUAAGUCUCCAGAAUCAGAAAGAGUGUCAAUGGCUUUUACAGGGAGUUUGAAAAGAGACGAUAAUUUUGGAGGAAAAGGAGAUAUAGGCAUAGUAAACGGUGCCUUGGCGUCGUCUGUACCCACUACAUCACCCACUAACAAGGAUGUGGAAACUUUACAUAAAGCUAUAGCGCAGUCGUCUCCUCGUGUGGGACCUAAAAACAAACACAAAAAAUCUGCAGAACACUCUAUCUAAAGUAUCACCAUUAACUUUUGAUUUUAAGUCGGAAGUGUGAAACCUUUUUCUUUAAAAUGUCUUUUUUUACGCUGAAGAUUGACACAGUUUUCUGUAUCUUCUAAUUAUAGUGUAGGUUUAGGUUUGAAUUAUUUUAUUGCGCACUCGUAGUUUGUUUGGUUGUAGUGUGUUGGUAGCGUGAACCCUAGCGAAAGACUUCAGAGACGUUGCGCCUGCGUCGUGUCGAUCUUAAGAACUGGGCUGUGAAGACGAACCAAAUCUCGCAGAAACGAUGUAAAUGUUCGUGGUGGAAACUCUAACGCAAGAUUAAAGAGGUUUAUCCUGGACUCAUUCUUUGCGUUGGCGUUGCGCAUGCGUCGGUCCUGAAAACUAGAUUUCAAGGAGCAAAGCUUACAGACCUACUAGGCUGGGGGGAAAAUCUGAGAUAUAAGGAACUCAAACAAUUGAUCAUUAUAAUAAAUGAAAUCUACUAGGCCCGGUUGUACGAAGGGUGGAUAAAUCCUUAUCCAGUGGAUAAGUCGAUGCUGUUAUCCAAUAGAUUUAUCCACUGGAUAAGAAUUAUCAGUCGCGAUAGCGGUCUCCACCCUUCGCACAACCGGGCCCCGAUGGAUUCUAUGAUUGGGUCUGAUAAUAAAUAAUAAUUAGAAAUAUAUCGGUGAAUAACA